GGGCGUCUGUGGGGCUGAGAGGGGACCCCCGCCCCUGGGCAGCAGCAGGCAGCACUCAGCUCCCAGGAAGCUCCAGCGCGCAGGCCACUGCCCGUCGGAACAGCUGAGGAGCAAAACUUUCCAGAGCAGCAGCUGCAGCAGCCAUGGCCCCAUCCUGGGUGCCCGCUCUGGGCUUCACACUGGUACCUGGCCUGGGGGGCUUCCUGAGCUCCCACUUCAUCCACGGAGAGGGUCUCCACUGGUAUGCCAGCCUGCAGAAGCCAACCUGGCACCCACCCUACUGGACACUCAGCCCCAUCUGGUGCACGCUCUACUCGGCUAUGGGGUAUGGCUCCUACCUGGUCUGGAAAGAGCUGGGGGGCUUCUCGGAAGAGGCCGUGGUCCCCCUGGGCCUCUACGCUGGACAGCUGGCCCUGAACUGGGCAUGGCCCCCGAUCUUCUUUGGUGCCCACGAAAUGGGCUGGGCCCUGGUGGACCUCCUGUUGACGGGUGGGGCAGCAGCUGCCACCACUGUGGCCUGGUACCAGGUGAGCCCGGUGGCUGCCCGCCUGCUGUACCCGUAUCUGGCUUGGCUGGCCUUCGCGGCCACGCUCAACUACUGCGUGUGGAGGGACAACCGCGGUCGGCGCAGUGGCCGGCGGUCCCCGGAGUGAGGAUGCCCAGCUGAGGACUGCGGCCGCUGCCUGUCAGGAGCCACUGUGGUGGUGGCUGCCACGCUUUCACUGCCAUAGGCCUGCUGUUCUGUCUGAGUCCCCAGCAGCCUCGGGUGGUCCGGGCUGAGCCCCUAUCCGCACCCAAGCAGUGUCCCACGCUUCCUGCCUGAGAGGAGCAUGAAGGAAUGUGUUUUAUAAGCCAAAUAAAAUUUUAACCUCUUG